CAAUACAUGCGAAAAUCUUGACCACACAUAUGGGAGCAGCCUUCUGUACUCUCUCUCUCUCUAGAGAUAACGGCGACCAAGGGCCAAUAGUACCACUCUGUCAACAAUCGUAGCAUUGCCACACUGAUUCCUCGCCGGAUUUUCAGUUCCCAACAAAAGUUCGCCGGAAAAUGGUGACAGCCAGCUGCAAUCCAACGAACCCAAUUCAGUUUUCUCUCGCUUCUUCACUUCAACCUCGCCGGAGAGUCCAGACCUGCUGUGUUCUCCACUACCACUCUUUUCCAACUCCAUGGAAGAGAUUCAAUUUUCCUGCAAAAAAUGGGUUGAGGAUCCGAAAAGUGAGUGGAAUUAGGGGUGGGUUUUCGAGAGGAGAAUCGACUGUGGUUUGUAAGGUUUCGACAAUCGAUCAGAGCGAGUUUGAAGAUGUGGUGUUGAAAUCUGAGGUCCCUGUUCUUGUUGAUUUUGUUGCAGAGUGGUGUGGGCCUUGCAAGCUUGUCGCGCCUGCCGUGGAUUGGGCUUCUCAGGAGUAUGAGGGAAGGCUGAAGGUUGUCAAGAUUGAUCAUGACUCGAAUCCCCAAUUGAUUGAACAGUACAAGGUUUAUGGCCUGCCCACUUUAAUCAUUUUCAAGAAUGGGCAGGAAGUCCCUGGAAGCCGAAGGGAAGGUGCAAUUACAAAGAUUAAACUGAAAGAAUACCUUGACUCCUUGUUAGUGUCUAUAACAGUCACAUAAUUUGUAGAAAACAAAUGCCAUGAUUUUUUGUUACAUACCACUGAGUGAGGUAUUCAAGUGAUGUUGAUGAUGUCCUAUGGUUUUUAACAUCCAUUGAAUUGUAUUAUGAGUUCUCGGACUUUUAUUCUCAACACGGUCAUUCAUGCUUCUGA